AUGCUGUAUUUGGAGGACUAUGUUGAGUGUAAGGUUUUUUAAGCUUAUUUUUAUGGUAAUAUCUUGGCCGUAAAUGACUGCUGUGAGUCUUUUUAUCCCAUAAAAACGCGUUUAAAGUCAAUCAAGCCUUCGAUCGUUUGUAGCGUUGCUUUUGUUAUUUAAUGUCGAAAUCUUUACGAACCAAGUAGCUGGUUUGAUUCUAAAAGUGAAAUUUUAUCCAAGAUGCGUGGCUUAAGCAAAAAUCUGUGCUAAAUUAUGUGAUCGUCAUCGUAACACGAUUGUGUUUAAAUCUGUAAACAAUGAAUAAUCACGGACAUGCGCAGUAGCUUAUCAAUAAGCAGUACAUCGUGGAACGCAUAUAGGGCUCUAAGGUGUAAUCAUGACUGCUUUUUAUAAAUUUAAGACGAGUGAAAAAAAAUUUUCAUCAUUUUCUGUGGAAAAAGUGUUUUAUAAUUUUCCCCAAUUCUGCUUUCAAAAAAUAUGUGCACCAAUAGUCCCCCCAGCACUGACUUACAUGUUACAAUUUUUGAGUGAUCAUUUACUUUUCCAGUCUUGAGGAAUUCUUUGUUAUCAUGCUCCUGCAUGUGAAGGGCAUGGUGAACAUGGCCUCAGAAGUUCCUGUAUGGCAGCAAUUUUUGUCUUUUAUACAAUAUGGUUGCUACGGUAAAAUUUUAUACUUUAACUGUAAACCCUUUAACUCCCUUGAGUGACCAAGAGAGAAUUUCUCCUUACAAUAUCAAUACAAUAUCAACCAGAUAAGUGAUGAGAAUAAAGAAAAACAUCAAUUUGGGGAUAAUUAGUUGAUCCAAUACUAAAUUCUCUGAACUAACAUUAUAGGAAUUGUAUGGUUGACAGUGACGAGAAUUACAAAUUUGAUCUGGGAGUUAAAGGGGUAAUUGUUUCCACUUACAGCAAACCUACACCAAUUAUUAUUGAUAUCAUUGGUUUUCAAAAAACAUUAUUAUAAAGAGAGAUUUUAUCUGUAUUGUUUUGACCAUGGGUUAAGAAAAAAAAUCUGAGUUCCCUUGGAGGAAUUGAAGCCUGGACCCUUCAGACCCUUUGUGCUGCAGUGCAUCAGAGCAAGAAAUGGAGAGGUCUUAGGUUAGAUUCCUUAUAGGGCACUCAGAUGUUUCUUCUUACCUUAACAGUAACUAACUAUAAAAAAAUCUCUUUUCUCUGCCUUCAUGCUGAAAAUUUACCAUUUAUCUUGUUCCAAUUUUUUACACACUGUUACGCUGUUAUCUAAGGUAUGAGAUUAUCCUAGUGUACUGUAAAUGACCUUGUGAUGGUUGUCACCAUCUGUUGUUAUUGCAUUUCCAUGAAGUUAACAUAAAAUGUUUGUUAAUUUUUAAAGUGAUUGAGCAGCUGCCAGUUGAGCUGCGAGACAGAUUCACAGACAUGAGGGAAAUGGAUCUACAGGUUCAGAGUGAGUCAUGGCUUGGGAAGCACUUUUACAUUAUUAAACUUUUUAACGUACUCAAAUAAUGUUUUUAUGUUACACUUUAAUAAUUGCUUUAUUAACUAGAUGCUCCACUAGGUUCUUUUGGGAAGUUUUAUUGAGUGUUAAAAUCGAUCCAUGAUUGUGCUGGUUUCACAUGUUUUUCUUGCUGAUUGGUUCUGAUAACUCUUACCAUCCUUACAAUUAGAAGCUUUAUCUUAAAUAAUCACAUUGUCUUGGCUUGGAUUUUCUUGAGCAUUAAGUGGGUUACUUGUUUUAACUUUCUGCUCCCUGUAACCUUGGUUCUGACUAGGCAUUGUAAAUUAUACUGGUUUUUGUUUAACAAAACUUAAUCAGUGUGCUCUAACUAAAGUAAUGUAUUGAGGUUUCAAGCAUAAGCCCUUUUUUUUUUGCUUUGACGAAGGGCUAAUGCUUGAAAUGUCAGCUUUAAAACUCUAUGGUGGCCAAUUUAUGUUAUCAACUGGUUGAUGAUACUAAAUUACCCAGUUAUACUCUCCCACUGAUACAGCAUUUCAGUUUCUUUAGAAACUUACCCCCUUUAAAUUACAGGUAUUGCUUGAUUUGAUUAAUGCAGACCUGACUGACGUGGCAUAGUCUCCAACACCUUCCCAUGCACAAUUGAAUAGUCACUCUCAUUGUCACCAAUUGAUUUUUUAACAUUUUUUUCUAAUUACAGACAGAAUAGAUGACAUGGACAUCAGAGUGAAGCAGUUUUUCAUGAACUGCCGAAAAGCAAAGCCAGAAUGGAAAGAACAACAGUACAAACAAAUCAGAGAUGUAAGUUACAAUCAUUAAUAAAGAAUUAUUUGCAUUUAGAAAAUUUCAAUUUUUUCGUACUCAGAAUACUGUAGUUAUUCGGUGAUAAGGCGCACCAUUUUUUUCAAGAAAUUCCUAAUUUCUACUAAAAAUUACCGCCAAAGUUUGGGUGCGUCUUAUGGGCAAAUAUUUUCCCGAAACAAUUUUUUUUUAUUGCAUUUACUGGUACGAUUUCAAGCAAAUAAAAUGACACACACACAUUGACUUUUAUGAAUAUGGUGGUUCUGAAAAGACAAGCGAAGUCAAAUUUGCAUAGAUGUGAUACGUGCUCGAGAGCACGUGCUUAAUAAUUUGAUAUGUCACAAAAUGAAACGAAAAUAAACAAGCAAAGAAGUAAAUACCUUCUUCAUCCUUUCAGCCUUUUUAGUGCACUGAGACCUGCAUUCUCGGCGGUACAUCUUGUUUAAUCAAGGCUUUUGUUUGUGUGCAUGGUCGUGUGUGCGACAAUUCUGCUUUUGUUGAUUAACGGUAAACUAAAAUCAAUACACGACUUUUUCGCUUUUUUGUAAGUUUAUGAAAGAAUUUACAAUAAACUUGACCAAUCUUUACUCCCCAAACAACGGUGCGCCUUAUAACCAAGUAUUUUAGCGAUUUUCUCAGUUUGAAAACAUGCAAUAAUGAAGUUGCCAAAUUGGGGGUGCGUCUUAUAGCUGAGUGCGCCUUAUAACCGAAUAACUACGGUAGUUUUCCAAUGCAUGCAAAGUACGGAACUGGAGACACACCAUGGGAAAUGUGUUAAUUGGCUUCUAAGAGAAACUCAGGCUAUAUUUCAGAGUUAAGAGUUGAUGUUUCCAAGUUUUGAUUCAAGGAUUUAAUUCCUUAUGUUUGUUUUCACUUUUAGAUGAAUGAUUAGGUGAUGCCUGGGGUCAGCUGGAAAUGAAAUCACAUUUUAUCUCUGAUCUGUAGAAUUUCCGUGUCAUUGAAAGGCACAGUCAAAUAGUGAUAUUUCCCCUUCUUGGGGUUUUUUGGGAGUUUUUCUUUAAACUUAUCUUUGUUUGUUUGUUUUUUUUUCUUUAUUUAAGGAGUAUCAGAAGGCUGUUGAGGAUGCUGAAGAAAAAGUUAGCAUAGCAACACAGACUUAUGAUCUGGUAUGGUAACACAGCUAGAUUAUUAUACUAAUUCAAUUAUUUUCAUUGCAUAAUUUUUGUUGCUGCUGUUGUUGUUGUUACUGUAGUUUCUUAGAAUGGGCAUAUAGAUAUUACAUUGUAAUUUUCAUUAGCAUGCAUACACUGUGUGUAAACAAGCAUCAAGUUUAACCUGUGGCUUCCUUUUUAUCUUUCCUAAGGUGGACAGACACUUAAGAAAAUUAGAUCAAGAGUUGUCCAAGUUCAAAAUGGAAUUAGAAGCAGAUAAUGCCGGUAUUACAGAGGUUUUAGAGCAAAGUAAGUAAAGUUCAGUCCAGUGUAAGGGAACAUAAAUUUGUUAUUUUGAAACAGAGGGGUUUUCAGUAUCUAAGUGGAAACAUUAGUUAAUUAAUACUCUGUAGAGGUACAUGUAGCCAGCAAUGUACAUGUAGCUUAAUUUUGGAUACAUUUUUUUUCUAUAGGAUCUCUGAGACUAGAUGAACCUAUUAAUCCACCCUCUCCUGCAAGGAGUAACCACAUACAUGGAUCAUUGCAAUUAACUGGGCAUAGUAAGUUUAUCAAAUGAACCAUACAACUCUGUAUAUGCAAUCCCAUAGAAAACUUAAAUGAAAGCUGAGGUGCAGAGAGCUGGACCGGUUGGCAUGAGUUGGAAUUUGUCAGACAAUCUGUGAUGGACCAGUUUCCUAUCCCAGAGAAGUAGCUUUAUACACAUGGUUACCUCAUGCAACAGAAACAGGAGUUAGUUAUGAACAGCAGCUAUGCUUGUCAAUUCUCAGACUUAAAUCCUUUCUGUGCUUUUCCAUUGCAGAAAGGAAAGCUCCCGACAGUCUCACUACUGAUUUGGUCAAUGGCGAUCACUUGUCCAUCCCAGGAAUGCAUGAUUAUGCAUAUGGCUCCCUUGGAACCUACAACCAGAUGUCGCCAUCACCAAAAUCAGUUGCUCCUCAGUCACCUUCAUCUGCUCCAAGAUCUUACACCUUAGGUGAGCAAACCCAGCUUACAGCAGUGUGAGAACCUUUACACCUUAACAUAAGUAUGCAUAUUCUCCUUACCCGUCUCUUUAAAUUUCCUUUGGUACUGUCUGGGAGAAUUUGUUUAUCAAUCAAGAUUUUUAGUUUAUGAUCAUUUCCUUUAUUCUCAUGACCUUACUGUGUGAUUUAGAGGUGCUAUUGUAGGGAGAAAUUAGAUGCUAAUCACUCUCAGGGAUCAAAGGGUUAACCUUUUCAUCCCUGAGAUCUAGAUAUGAAUUUGCUGCCACACAUUUCUAACAAUUUUAAGACAGAAAAUUUUUUGUUAAAUUAAACAGUGUCCUCUCUUUGGUAGCUUUCUUUUCUGUACCUUUCUGCUGAAAAAUGUAUUGGUAUGGAAGUUCCAUUUUAAUCUCACCUGGAAGUGAGAGGAUUAAUCUUUCAACUCCCAGAAGUGAUUGACUUACAAAUUCUCCCCAAAAUAUCCAUACAUUAUCCAGCAAACAGGUAAUGAGAAUACUCAAACUUAUCAGAAAGAAGUUUUUAUUUUGAUCUAACACCAAUUUCUUGUAACUAAUUUACAAGGAAAUGUGUGGCAGCUGGAGAUGAGAAUUAACAAUCAGAUCAGUGAGUUAAACAACGUGUAUAUCAUAAACUGAAUUACACACGCAUUUUGAUUGGCUCUCUCUAAUGAUCUACGGGAGAACAGAGAUAUUGAUGACGUCGUUAUUAUGGAAAACAUAUAGAUUUUAUUUUGCCAUGGGUCUGUUCAGGAAUAUAUCACAGAUGACACCAAAACGAGAUAAGAACACCAGUGACACACCCGGCCACUCCCACAUUUUUGUUCUCACCACAUUUUGUUGAGGUUUAAGCGUAAACAAGGCUGGAAAACUUCAUGAAAGCACACUGUAUUUAUUUAUACCUAUAUUUUUUUCCUUUCUUCAGGUUCAGUCGGAGCAGGAUCAGCUGCAGUUGCAGUUGCUGCUGCGCAGGCAGUUACAACGACGUUGCAGAUGCAGCCUGGUAGAAGAGCUAGUGGAGCCUUGAAACCGCCUUAUGCUGCAGCCUUGGGUGGGUGUACUGAUUUCUGGAGUCUGCUGUUUUCCUGAACAGGCACCUUUGCCAUUCGUUCAAAAUUUCACGUUUUGUCACGAGGAAGCUGACAUAAUUUUUAUAGAAAAGAAAUCGGCGAAUUUGUCAAUGUGUAAUGAAAAUAUUUCAUAGAGCUCAUUCGAUUCGGAACUCGAUGCUUGCUGGAUUGUUACUCUAUAUCCUAGACAUACGGCUGUUUAUAGUUCUUAUUGUUAUUUUUUAAAAAACAAAAAUUUGUUUUGAAAAAUAUAAUUAUUUUCUUUUUUACAGGAAGUUCUUUGAGCACUCUGUCUACCCCACCUAGUGGUUUGAAUGGUCUCCCCGCCAGUAGUUCCCUGGGAAUGCCGUUUGACCCGGCAUCCACUAACGUAAACUCUGUCAGUAUACCUGUUACUCCAAGUGACGUACAUGCCUCGAUCAGUGUGGCGCCAACAUCGACAAAACAAAAGAAAAAGUAAGCACUUUGUGGAGUCUCGUGUAACAGUAUUUAGGGUCCGCGGGACCCGUUUCUCGAUAGUCCCGGUAAUUUAACCCUUAAAACCCUAAGAGUGACCAGCAUCUAAUUUUGUCCCUACAAUAUCACCUCUGAAACACGCAUUUAGGUCAUGAGAAUGAAGGAAAAGAUCACCAACUAAAAAAGCUUUUGAUCGGUAAACAAAUUCUCCUUGUCAGCACCUUAGGUCGCGUUAGGUUCUGUGAGCACUGUUAUAAAUUGCACUCCGCUCACUGAUUUUAUCUUUGUCUUUCGAUUGUUAUCAUCUGGUUACGAAUACACGCGCUUCGCUUCAUUUUGGCCUUCGAGAGAAAUAAGAUAUGUCUCACGGCUAAGCAAGAAGGUCGAAGGCUUACCAAACGAACGGAAAAAAACAAGUUUUACCUUCAUCCAGAUUUUAACACUUAUUGGUCAAUUUUAGGGUUAACUGUAAAAGUAUGGAGUUUCUUUUAUAAAUAAGUGAUCAUUUCCUUCAUUCUCAUGGCCUUAACUUUUGAUUCAAGAGGGAUACUGAAACGAGAAACUAGAAGUCAGUCACUCUUAGGGGUGAAAGGGUUAAUGCUGGGGAAAUCGGGAUAAGAACCGGUGUUUUGGGCCACAAGAAUCGAUAGAACACUCAAUCAUUACCCUUAGUUGACAACUGAGGUGACUCUUUGAUUCUCUCUGUUGUCUUUGACAGAAGUAAAAAUUCCACUCAAGUCACAGCAGUGGCUUCGGCGCAGGUCGCUGAACAAGAGGCAGCCGUUGCAGCGGCUGCUGUACCGGACUGGGUGUACGAUCCCAAUGAACCACGCUACUGCCUCUGUAAUCAGGUGGGUAAAAAGGUCUUAUAGUGUCGGAAGUAAACCGGGAUUUCUUCGGUUUUUCUUUAUUUCGCUUUGUGAUUGGUCUAGAAAACUCGUGUCACUUUCUCGACCAAUCAGAUUCAAACUAAAACUAGUCUUCGCGACGUGAUCACUCGCGUUUUCCCGCGCUUCAGGCAAUUUGCUUGUUCUAGGAUUAAUUUUCUCUUUGGUUCCUUGUAAUAUUUUCCCUUUUCCUGAUUGGCUGUUGUGAUAACUUUAGCUUUGGAAAACAAGUUUUGUCCUACAUAUUUCUAAUUUAUGUCUACUUGUAGGUGUCAUAUGGCGAAAUGGUGGGAUGUGAUAACACUGAAGUGAGUCAUUGUUUUAACGUCGUUUUAACUUCAAAACAUGCUAAUGAUCACUAUCUGUUACUUAGAAACAUUAUUUGCUCUUCUUGAAUUGCCCCUUUUAUUCCUUGCAAGCUUACCAGUCGUUUCGUAACCACGAACGCUUCGUGCUCAGCCGAUUCGUACCCUGCUAGAACCCGCAUUCGCACCCACUCAGUUUUUUGUUUAGAUGUCUUGCUUUCAGGCUGUCAAUACCAGCUUGUCUUACAAGUGUUAAAAACAAUCGUAAGUUGGUAAGUCGCGGUGUUUGAAGACCGAAAAACUUUUUUGUCAAAGCUCAAAGCAAAAUGGUAAGUUAACAUGAAAAGUGUAUUUUGAUAAGCUUUGCUUGCGAAAAGUCUUCGGUUUUCUUCUUCCCUGCUUUUGUUUCCUUUGAACUUUCAAUCUUCAUUCGCAUAUUUUGCGGUUGUUUCUUAUGUUUCCUUUUGAAAUCGCGAGAAACUAGUGCGGCCGGCUCAUAAUUGAUCCCCUUGCGUAUGCCCUACAUUUGACCGUUGUGUUCACAAAAACGAGGUCUGGGACGGGGUUUGUAAGAGAUCUUUGUUUCCUGAGACCUUCUGGAUUUUGAACGUCACUUAAUUUUAGGGUGCCAAUCGACCAGCGGGUCGGGUACGGACCGAUGCACACUGGGUACGAAUAAACCAAUAGGUCUGGCACUAACAGACACAGACUGGGUACGAACCGGUUGAAGCAACUCCUGAUUGUGCUGUUUAUUCACGUUUCAGUGUCCCAUUGAGUGGUUUCAUUACGGAUGUGUUGGAUUAACAGACGCUCCAAAAGGAAAAUGGUUUUGUCCUCAAUGUCAAAAUCAAAAGAAACAACAAAGAAGAGGAAAUAGACACCAGUAGUAUAAAUGAAUAAAUGCAAUUAUGGAAAAGUCGGCGGCGACGUGAGAUAGAAUGAAUAGUGUUACGUUGCUAUUCUCUGUCGCAAUGAGUGGUGUAACGAGGCCAUUAGCGUGAAGACAUGUUAAGGGUGACUUUCAAUGCGAGACAGAAAAACGAACAUUUAAGGAAGAGGAGAUAAAUGAAAAAGUAGAGUCAUAAGAAUGCUUUCAGUUGCUUUAAGAAUGGUGAUAUACUUGCGAUAGUUUCGGAGGUACC